GUCAACAGUGCCGGUCUUUGUUUCGCUGCUUUUUGGAGCUUCCUGAAUUUUCGGUUACUUCGGAGACCUUCUCCAAAAAAAAGGAUGCAGAGCAGUCUGCUGCAAAGAUGGCUCUGGAAAAGGUGGGUAGUGUGAUGGUGUGAUGCUCUUCUUUCAGUCAUACUCUUAUGGAUGAGGAAAUUGCAUGCUUAUCUCAGUUGCUAAAUCUGCUGAAGCUCAUCUACAUUCUGGGGUUGGAUGUGACGAGAAUCUAUGGGCUUGAGCCAAAAGGCAUUUUUUUAUGAGCUCACUCAUCCACGGGUUAUUGGUAGAUAUAUCAGCGAGGGCUUCAGCUUUUGUCAAAGUUUGGGAGUCAGCAGUCCUGUUGAAAGUCAGUGCUUUCUUUGGUUGGUCUUGCUUGAUAAGAUAUCCUCACAGUGGAUUAAGUGGAGAGGGAUGCCUCUACCUAACAGCUGCAGUAUGUGUUGUGCGGAUGUAGAGAUUGUGAACCAUCUCUGAAUUCAUUGCGUAUAUUUUAGGAUAGUUUAGAGGGUUGUCGUAGAAAAGUUUGGCAUUCGGUGGGUCUUCCUGGAGUUGGUGCUCGAUCUAGUGGAUGGCUGGAUGACCGAUGCUUGGGGAUCAAUUGGUAGGUUUCUGUGGAUUAUGGUAGUGGAUGCUAAAAAUCUGGUCCCUUUGGCUCAAGAGAAUGAUAGGAUUCUCAGUGGUAGAAAAAGUCAGCGAGUUUGAUUAAACUCAAUUUUUUAAUUUGCUAGUGAGGUGGGUGAAAAAUCCAACAUAAAGUUUUGAGGGUCCUCUGCUUCCUUACUGGUGUCUAGCUGUGAUGAAGUGAUUUAGUGCAAUUGGCAGAAGGUGAAAGUCGUCGGUAGCUAGAAGUUCCCCCUUGGGAAUUUUUCAAAAUCCAUUUUGAUGUGGAAUCCUGGGCCUGUUCGGGUGGGUGGUCAGCUAGGUAUCCAACCUACAACAAAUAAACUUACCAUGCAGGAAACAUGGGAUGAAUUGGUUGCCCGUCUCUCUUAUCUAUUUACGAAUGAGUUCCUUUCGACAUCUCAUCCGUUGAUUGGUCACUUCAGAGUUGCAGUUCAGAGAGAGGGUGAUUUUUAUGGUUUCGUUCCUGUUUCUGUUAUUGCUGCGUAUGAUGUUAAGCUUAAUAAUUUAUGUAAAUUUAUCAACCAAAAGGCAGAAACAAAUCCUCCCUUGAGUAUAGCACUUAUUUUAAAGGCUGCAAGACUGUCUAGUUCUAUCUGCACUUCUGAAGGAAAACUUUGGAUUUGGAAGCAGAAUCCACUCUCUCCAGAGAUCAUACAUUCAGAUUUGAAGGAGAGCAUCCAGAUUAAAGCUAUGCGUAUUCCUUGCUCAAUGGAGAAGCCUGUUGAAACCUUGACUCUUAAUGUUUCCUCCAAAGAAUAUUACUUGGAUGUCAUUGCACAAAAGCUUGGUGUUGGGGAUUGUUCUCAGGUGAUCAUUUCAAGGACUGUCAGCAAAGCUUCUUCUGAGAUGAGAUUAUAUUUUUCUGCUCCAAAGGAUUUAUAUUUGACUUCUGAUUCAUCUUUGGAGGUGCUUUCCAAUAUGAAAGAAACUGUCAAUUCCCAAUCCUUAUUCAAUGCAAGGGCUCAUUAUUUCUCUGGUCAAAAUAUUUAUGGAGAUGCACUCUUGGCAACUGUUGGAUAUACAUGGAAGUCUACGGAUCUGUUUCAUGAAGACGUAUCUCUAGCUACCUAUUACCGGAUGCUUAUUUGUAGAGUGCCUGAUGGAAACUACAAGUUAUCUAGAGAAGCAAUAGUUGCUGCAGAGUUACCUACUGCAUUCACUACACGGUCAAAUUGGAGGGGCUCCUUCCCAAGGGAACUCCUCUGCAUGUUCUGCCGUCAGCAUCGAUUAUCAGAACCAAUUUUCUCAACAGAAAAGAUAAAUCCUUCAGAACCUCCCCUGGAAAUAUCGAAAAAUUGCCAAAAGUUGAAGUUAUCGGAGUCAACUAGUGAAACCGAACAUGCAAACAGAGGAACAGGUGAUGCCAAUGAUGGGGAAUUGAGGGGACAAGGCACUUUCAAAUAUGAAGUAAGAAUAUUAUCAAAGGAACAGGAUGUUAUUAUUGAAUGUUCUAGCGAAGAUUCUUAUAGGAGACACAGUGAUGCAUAUCAGAGUGUGGCUUUAAAAGUUCUCACAUGGUUGAACAAAUAUUUUAAGGAAUUAGAUAUGCCUAUAGAGAAGCUCUCUUGUUUUGGAGUUGAUUAUGGUAUCCGUGUUAACCCCCAAAUUCUUUCUGGGGUGUUUGCAUUGUGUCCAUUUGUCCAUAAUGUUCAGCAGACAAGUGUUUUUAGGAAAUGCAGUUCACUAGGAGCUUCAGUCUCUGCGGGUGAUUCAAAUCCAAAGGAAAGUGUAGUUCCUCUUUUUAACAUUGAGGGUCCGGAUACUGGCAUGUCUCCAUCCUCAGGAUCAUUAACAUGCAUAAGCUAUUCGAUUUCUUUGGUGAGGGGAAUGGAAUAUAUUGGAGAACCUCUUGAAAGCAAGGAUGAGUUUGAGUUUGAGAUAGGGGCUGGUGCUAUAAAUCAACAGCUUGAGACAUGUGUAACUCAGAUGUCUUUGGACCAAUCUGCCCGUUUCACUACAGAACUACCUUCUAGAGACUUGAUUCUGGGUGCAUCUGGUGAAUCUGCAGAGGCUCUUUCGCUUCAAACUUUACAAGGCUGCUUCUUGGAGUACUCUGUGAAGGUUUUGCGGGUAACAGAACCCUUGGAAGACAGAAUGGAGCAGGCUCUCUUCAGCCCUCCUCUAUCGAAACAGCGCGUGGAGUACGCAGUGAGGCUCAUCAAUGAGUCUCAUGCUACUACCUUGGUUGACUUCGGUUGUGGGUCUGGUAGCUUGUUGGAUUCCUUAUUGGAGCAUCCAACUGCUUUGGAAAAGAUUGUUGGUGUUGAUAUUUCAUGGAAGAGUCUUUGCCGUGCAGCAAAGAUACUUCAUUCAAAACUGAGCAUGGAUUCCGACCCUAAAGUGCAAAGUAAGAGAAUCAGCUCUGCCAUACUGUAUGAUGGGUCAAUUACAGAUUUUGAUGCCCGGCUCUUUGGAUUUGACAUUGGGACUUGUUUAGAGGUAAUUGAGCAUAUGGAAGAGGAUCAAGCAUCUUUAUUCGGCGACGUUGUCCUGAGCUCCUUCUGCCCACAGAUUCUCAUCGUCUCGACACCCAACUACGAAUACAACCCGAUACUCCAGCGGGGCACUUCACCCAACAAAGAAGAUGACCUGGAAGAGAAAACACAGUCUCUGCCAUUCAAAUUCCGCAACCAUGACCACAAGUUUGAGUGGACCAGGGAGCAGUUCAACAGCUGGGCCUCUAACCUUGCCUCAAGGUACAAUUACAGUGUCGAGUUUGAUGGGGUCGGCGGGUCCCCCGGGGUGGAACCAGGUUUUGCCUCCCAGAUCGCUGUAUUCAGGAAGAACACGAUCCAAGCCGACUGUUUGAGGGAUGGAAAAGCAGCUGGCCAUUAUGAAGUCUUAUGGGAAUGGACUAGCAACACAUCCAGAUCUGCCCUCUGAGAAACUAAUUGAAACUAUACCGUCCUCUGCUUUCUGUUGUAAAUGGUAGGUUUAGUCCAUGGGCUUGCAAUCCCAAAUUUUCGAAGGAAAAAGAUGCAACUUAAAACA